UGCUGUCAUUGAGGAUGCUAAACAUUCUAGGUGUUUGCGUAGCGUCACUGUUUUCUUGGUAGUGAUUUAGAGACUACCCGGUGCAUAAUAAUUUUCCAUUAUACCAAAUUGUGACUGAUCCUAUAGUGGGAAAUCACAUCCAUUUGGUCGGCUUCGGCAAAAUCAGAGAACUUGGAAAUAAGUGGUGACUAGUGAUGGAUGAAAUUAAAACUAACUUUGACAAAAUCAUGGAACAAUUCACCGAUAGCGUGACACAACAUACUAUGCCCAAGCGGCUAAGUUUUGGAUGCGGGAAUAAUUCGUUUGAUUCGACUGUUGCAAAAAAAAGGAAACUGUCGGCAGAAGAAUCGCCCGUAGGAAAGAACACAUCUGCAAACGUUUCAGUCGAUCAGGACGGCGGUCAAAGCAGCUUAAAUAACUCACUGAUAUCUAGCCCGUGGGAAAAACGGAGGUUACGAGCUGAUUUGAUUGAAGCGAACUCUAGAAUAGCAAAGCUUAAAAAGGAGAUUGAACAUCAACACACUAUUCGCUCCAGCAUGGAAAUCAUGUACAACAGUAAAACGGCCUCCUUACAACAACAAUGUGAUUUCACAGCCAGCAAAGUGCUCGAUUUGGAAAAACAUUUGGCUGCUUUGCGAAAACGAGAAGCAAACGCCAAACAAGAUCUGGUUAAAACAAAGAACAGUUUGAACCAGCAGAAGCAAAUAUACGAAGAUACAAUCUACACUCUGCAAAAGGAAAAUAAAGAACUCGAGGAAAAAUGUCGGGCAGCAUAUAAUAAAUGCUCAAAUGAAAUUGGCCAAUAUAAACGAGAACUAGAACAGCUAGAAAUGGAACUCAAUCUUCGUACGGAGGAGCUGGAGAAUUCGAAGCGUCUUCAAAACGAAUAUAAACAAAAGGCGACAGAAUAUCAGAAUAUAAAAUCGCAGUUGGAAACAGAAAAGCAACAACAUGAAUUAGUCAAGUCGCGAGUGAAGGAUUUAGAAUAUGAAGUUGCUUCAUAUGGAGAAUGGAAAGAACUAACAAAGACCACUCAGGCACGAUUGUGUUCUUUACCUGAUAUAGAGAAGGAAUUGGCCCGCGUUAAGCAGGAAAAUAAAAACCUACGUGAUGCUUUAGGGAACAAGUUGUUGCUGGAAGAACAAGUGUUCGACCUGAAGACACGUCUAGAAAAGUACGAUGAAAUCAGUACAGAUACUGUUGCUUUGAAAGUGGAGAUUAAUACGCUUGAGCAAGAAUUAAAGGAAUGGCGCGAUUUAGCAGCCGACCAUUGCCCAGUGGGUUCUCCUCAAAAUGCAAUGUUCCUGCGAAACCGCAUCGAACAACUCCUUCAAAAAGAUAUAGUAACGGCAUCAGAGAAGGGAUUUUCCAAAAACGAGAAUGACUUGGUUCAGUCGCAAAUGCACGAAAUGAAAAUACAAAACGAGAUUUAUAUAAAAGCCAACAAUGAGCUGAAGACAGCAUUGAAACACCAUAAGAAUCUGAUGUCGAGGGUGCAGAAAAAGCUGAUGCUUGUCGCAAAGGAACGUGACUGCUAUAAGCAGCUCGUUGACAAUUUCGAGAGAGACUUAACAAUUUCAGGUCAGUUGGUGGAUGCCUUGAAUCCUGACUCUCAACUACGCGCUCGUUUGGAAAUGUUAGAGAAAACGUUAGCUGGUUACAAGGAAAUGUGUACUAAUUUAGAGAAAGAAUUGGCGUCAACUAAACUACUUCCUGAGAUUCCUCUUGAAGUACCCAACAACUUGGAAAGCUACGAUCGAUUGAAAAAAGAAAUUGAAACAUUGCGCAUUGAAAACGACAAGCUGAGGCGCCGAAAAGACGAAUUGGAGCUGGAGUUGGAACAUCGUUAUCUAAAAGGGGAUGUCAAUGUUGACAAGUGCAAGGUCCUGCAUCUCACAAUGAAUCCGGCAGCCGAAGCGUAUGAGAAAUCGAAAACUGAAAUCGAGAAGCUGCAAGCCGAAAUUGAAAGACUCAAACGGAAAAACAAAAAGCUGGAAGAAGAUCAAGAGGAGAUGACUUCACGGCUGAACGAAACCCAAAACCUCACAGUGAAUGUUAAAGAAAUUAACUCUUUACGCACGAAGUUAGAAUCAGCAGAGACGAAAAUGCAGCAUAUGAAAGAGCUUUAUAAAAACGCUAGUCUUGAAUUCCGAGAAGUAUGUUACAUGCUUUUCGGUUAUCGCAUCGAUCGUGUUGGUAAUACCAAUUAUAGGAUUUGCAGUAUGUACGCAGACAACGAAAAUGAUUAUCUCAAUUUUCGUUUGAACGAAUCUGGCAUUCUAGAUAUGCUCGAAACAGACUAUUCCGUUUCAUUAGGAGAGAUGAUGAAAACUCAUUUAGUUGCGCAUAACUCAUUACCAGCAUUCCUAAGCGCACUCACUCUUGAGCUAUUCAACCGCGCAACAAUGACAGCUUAAAAUAAAUAUGUGGCUGAUAAGUACUUGUAGAAAAUGAUAAAAUUGUCGUCUCUACAUGUGAACGGGAAUAUUGAAUAUUUUAUGAAUUUACUAUUCUAUGUGGUAUUGUAUAUACAUAAACAGUGCGAAUGCACAACUUUUAAAAGUAAAUAUGAAGUUAUGUUAACAUGAACUCUCCAGAAGAAUAAAA